CCUCUAACCACUUUCCCAAAUUCUCUCACAAUAAUCCUUGAAAUAUCAAAAGCAGAAAAUGACUUGCCCAGCCCCGCCCGCUACCAGUCGCUAUGGUCCCGACCCCAAUAACCACCCCGACCAAAAAGAACUAUCCAAUAUCAUGAGCAAGCUGGACACCGGCUCGAAGGGCAACGCUCCCUUUGUUAUUGGCACUGAUGGCGUCCUCCGAACUCUGACCCUCGACAAUGACGUGAUUGACGCCAUCGGCCUUCCACCUCGACUGAUCAAGGCCUUGCUCGAUCGGACCAUAUUUGAUAAGGAGGAUGAAGACAAAUUUCGCGGCGCCGAUGGAACAAAAGUGUCCCAGGAACAGUGGUGGAAGCCAGAUCCAUCGUUAUUACCGCCACCAUUGACGGCGGAGGAGAAAGCAGAGGCCGAGAGGGAUUACGAGGAGAAUAAGGAUAUCAUUGAGGAGAAUAGAAGGAAAAUGGCCAGUGGGGAGUUGAAACGGUGCGGGGUGGUUAUUCGGUCGGAUUAUGAUAUUAGUCCUAGGUAGAGAGGGGAUUUCUAUCCAUGUUUGUCCCAAGGAUUUUAUGAUAUGGCAUGCUACUGGGACUCUUUACUUUGGUCAGUUGAUAUUGCUGGAAUACUUCCUCCCGUUGUAAAAGUAGGCGUCUAAUGCCCUGUGCAUAGAGUAACCCAAGUACCCAUGUAAGAGGUGGGUUGUCAAUUCUUGCAUAACCCUUCUUGUAUCGUGAUCUUUGUGCCUGAUGUUCUUUACCAUCUGUUGCGCAACGGCAAGGAUCGGAGAGGUGUUUGUCUACACAGUGAUCGACCCAGAUGCAAGUGCAUGUUGACGACAGCAGUGAGAUAGUUGGAGACCCGAUAUUACUGUCUCUGGUAUCGCUUCUAGUCCAAGUAAUCGUUGUUGGCUUUGUCCUAAUGGGGACUUUCCGGCCUGCUGACACUAUAUCCCACAGAGUGAGUCAUUUCCUUAUAUCGGCGCAGCCUCGCAGGCACUAGAUAUGCAUAUGAAUGAGGUAUUAUCCAUAACCGAUGCGCCAGGGGCGGGUGACGCGGACAACUAUCCACCCCCCCCCCCCCCCCCCCCCCC